GUUUUGAUGCACAAAUAAUUUUUCAUGAUUUUGAGGCUGCCACCUACACUCUCUCCCUGAAAAUGGGAAGUAAAAAAAGUUAAAACGAUUUAUUAAAGGUGAAAGUCGUGUUCGUAUUCGUUCACACUCUAGCCGGUAUUUCGGUUUUUAUGUAUCAUUAAACUGUGAAGCGAAGAAAAUAUAGUAUAAUUUUUCGUUUCCCAGUACAGAAUUUAAUUUCUUUGACAGUAAAAUGGCAACCAUGAGAUUUUUUAUCUGCCUUUAUCAUUGCGUGCAAAACUGUGGGUGGCCGAGGAGUAUCUAUCAGAAAUGGCAGAGCAAAUGAGAGCUGCAGUUCCUUGAAGCGACUGGAAAAAGUGGCAUCUAGUUAAGGCACACGCACCAAGUUAAGAAUGGGCUACUGUCGGGACAGAAAUUUCACUGCGGUAGGGAGAAAGCAUUUCGAAGGAAAAUGUUCUUCAAAUUUUAUCUUCUUUAAAGUCAUUCAUUCACUUCAUUUUCAAUAAAAGUUUUAAUUCAGUUUUAAAAUCGUAAGAUACAGAGUCCACAGUUCACAGAGUCCAGAAGCAGGAAAGUUAUACAAACCUAAUUAUUGUCAUUGACAAAUGAAUCUGCAUGCACUUCUAACGUCUUAACCCGGUUAAAUUAAAAUAAAAUUAUUAGAUAACUGCGUGCAUCUGUCGUUGCGACAUGCUGACAUCUUUUCUGUGUAAGCGAGAAAGGCCACGUAACAGGAAGUGUGAUCCCCUAAUCAAGUGAAAAGAAAACCAUUACCCGUCACCGCCUUCGGGGGACAUUAAACGAGAUGAGAAAAUUGCUUCCGGUCGCAUUUCGCCUCAACUCGUCUCGUCUCGGGCCCAACUAGUCGAUACGAGCGAGGGACGAGCGGGACGGGGGCGGGGCGGGGGGAGGGGCGCUUGCGCGGAACGCCGGUCGACUCGUCCCACUCCGCUCCCGCGCCGUGGACAUCUACCGGCCGGCGGCGUCGGGGUCGAUCUCAGUGCAGCUCCGCCCGCACCACGACAUGCAGUACAAAAUCGCUCUUCGCGUUUUUGGUGUGACUAUCAGUUUUAGACCUCCUGUACUAAUGGCUCCCAACAUUACGAGCGCGCCGACGGGCGUCCUUUUCGAAGGAGACACCAUCGGGUCUGCGGCGAAGGACCCGCAGGCUGGAAUUAAUGCACCGGAGGUGAAGAAACCUCGAGAGCCCUACCGCCGACAAAUCGUUUGGCGAAAUGUUAUCCUCUUCAUCUAUCUGCAUUUAGCAGCACUUUACGGCGCCUACCUUGCGGUCACGUCUGCCAAAAUUGUUACUACCAUCUUCGCAAUCUUCCUGUACCAAGUCUCCGGCGUAGGCAUCACAGGCGGUGCCCAUCGUCUGUGGGCUCACCGCUCCUACAAAGCGAAGUGGCCCCUCCGUGUCAUCCUCAUGCUCUGCAACACGCUGGCUUUCCAGAACCACAUCUACGAGUGGGCGCGCGACCACCGCGUGCACCACAAGUUCAGCGAGACCGACGCAGACCCGCACAACGCAACUCGCGGCUUCUUCUUCUCGCACGUGGGCUGGCUGCUGGUGCGCAAGCACCCGGACGUCAAAGAAAAGGGCAAGGGAAUUGACAUGCACGACCUCGAGCAGGACAAAAUCGUCAUGUUCCAGAAGAAGUAUUAUCUUAUCUUGAUGCCCAUUGUAUGCUUCCUUAUUCCAACAAUGAUUCCUGUGUACCUGUGGAAUGAGACAUGGUCAAAUGCCUGGUUUGUAGCUACGCUCUUCCGCUACACCUUCACACUCAACAUGACUUGGCUGGUGAACAGUGCUGCUCAUAUGUGGGGCAGCCAACCUUAUGACAAGCACAUCAACCCUGCUGAGAAUCUUGGAGUGGCUAUCGGAGCUAUGGGAGAAGGCUGGCACAAUUAUCACCAUGUUUUUCCUUGGGAUUAUAAAGCUGCUGAGCUGGGCAACUAUCGUGCCAAUUUCACUACUGCAUUCAUUGACUUCUUUGCUCGCAUUGGCUGGGCCUAUGACUUGAAGACAGUUCCCGUCUCUAUGAUUCAGAGGCGAGUGGAGCGCACUGGAGAUGGCAGCCAUGAAGUCUGGGGUUGGGGCGAUAAGGAUAUGCCUCAAGAAGACAUUGAUGGAGCAGUGAUUGAGAAAAGAAAAACACAGUAACAUGUUAUUAGUUCUGCAAGAAGAAUGGGGUUGAACUUCAAUAUCAACAGAAAAUGUUAAGACUUGUGCUUAAACAGUAUUGUGUUUGUAAAAAGCAAAGUAAUUUUUCGCAUUGAGCAUAAUGAAACAAGAUGUUCUUGGUGUAAAGGAAUCUGUUGAUAUUGAAGAACAUUUUUGCACACUGUAAAUGUGUGCAAGCACCAUUGUAGGUGUUUCAUUGAGCAGAAGUGCUGGGUGAAACUUUGCUGAAGUGAAACUUAACAUCUUCACUUCACUACUUAAUGACAUGAGGGUUUUGUAUUGGUCACAGACUGAAUGAUAUCAAUUUGUGAGGGUAGAAAGGCUUAAACAAAAUUGAUGUUUCCUGAAGACAAAUAUCCAAUUUGUUGCCGUUUGAAGAUUAUUUUGAAGGAACCUCUAAAGUUGUAUAUUUUCUGAGAAGGCUUACUUUUAGACUAAGAAAAUUAUUGAGAUUGAAAUAAAAAUUUGACCUCUAGACUGAAUAGAAAUAUGCUCUAUGAAAUGUAACUUUUCAAACAACCAAUUUUUGUGUUGCAAUAUUUUGCCAUUCAAUUGCGGUUAACUUUGCUAAAUGUACUUCUUCAAAAAGCACAUGACACCAAAUAUUAAUUUUAUGCAGCAGUACUGGUUUCUUGGUGAACUGCAAGUUAUUUUAAAACAUUUCCAUGGAAAACUUGCAGGAAGUUUCUUGAACUAGCACUCGGCGUUGAGAUGGAUUGCAGGGGUUUUUCUCCCUUGGAUGAGGGAUUAAUUUACAAUUUUACUGUAUAUUUCCCCAUUCUUCCAAAUAGAUCUUUAUUUAUUAUUAGUUUUAUAUUUUAUUUAAUUUUAUCUGUACAAUUCAGUGUUAAAAUGUUAUCUCCUGCCAUGCUGGAAAUUUAAUAUUUAGGGCUAAAAUAGGAUAGUCACCAUUCAGAAAGUAACACCACCUAUCAGCAUUCAAAAUAUUUCGCUCAAUUUAGUGCAGGAUGUAAAACCAUUAAAUAGAGCAAGAAUUGUACCCAAAUGUUUAUUUAACUCAUAUUUUGUAGAAUGCUAUUCAAAACUUUGUUUAAAGGAAUAGACACUCUUCUUCCACACAAUAUAUGUUUAAACUAAUAAACUUUGGAUUCUUCAUUGUUCUCAAACUAGGGUGGAUGUUCAUGCAUUUACUGAAAAUUCCUUUCAAGUUAUAUAAAUGGCUGUUUGCUUGUGUAUAUUGAUGUUAGUAGCCCAUUGCUAAUCUUAAGAAUAUGCACCUUGUAAAAAUAUUGCAAUAUAAGGGUUUAUAAACUGUGAUAUUUUUAUAAAUAAAUAGAAUAAUUCCAUACAUGGAAAAAGUUUAAUUUCAUUACAUCCCCAAAGUUACCUUUGACUUCUAAAUAAAUAACUGUUUAAUACUGAGGCUAAUUUGCAAAUACAAUGAAAAAAGUAGGUAACUUUUCUAUCUUUUUUUACAUCCUAAUUCACUUGACAAACAUGAUGCAGAAUCUUGAAUUCAAAAAGUGGAAAUAAUAUUUGAAAUAAAGUUUUCAUGCUAUGAGAUUAUUCACAGACAAUCAUUUAUAUAUUCCAGUAUUGAAUAAUGUGCUCUCAGUAUCUAAACAAAUUCUUGAACACUAUCCUAAUACAGACAACUCUUUCUUCUAUGCAAGUUCUAUUUUUGUUUACACAAGCUGAAAAAUUUGAAAGUUACAUCUCUACUUUCCUGAAAGCAUUUUUGUGGUUUCACGUUUUCAAGUCUACUAAUACCUUAAUAUGAUAUGACAACCAAUUUUGCAGAAUCCUCGGUAUUUUUGCCUAUUAAACCUACAGGCAAAGUGGCAGCCAGUCAACUUUACCAUUACAAAUUUAUAUACCAUUAAAUUAAUUUUUUAUCUUCAUUGUUCUUUGGCUUAUUGAUAAUUCCUUUAAUAUCAACAGAGACAUUAGCUUUAACAUAAAAUUUUCUUUACCUAUUUCAAAAUCUCGUUGGAUUUGAAGUCUGACUUUCCUUAACCUUAAAAAAAUUUUAAAGCAAUGUUUGAGACUUUGUGCUCAUCCUCUUCGAACAUUUUUCAUAUUUCCUCAAUCUCCCUCUAACUUAUAAUUUGGAUUUAUUUUUAUACCUUACAUCUUAUUAUUUUGUAUUGUAAAUGAUGAUUUUCAGCAAGAUUUUAUUCAAUACAAUGAUGAAAUCAAAUUAAUUGACAAAAGUGCGUGUCUUCACCCAGAAAUUUGUGUAAUACGCAGUUGUCAAUACCUAGGGGAGUAUGAUAAACAUGGUCAGAUCUUAUUCCAGAUCAUUAUUCAAAGCAUUAUGUAUUUUUGCAAUUUAAUAAAAUGCAUAAAGAAGUUGC